AUGGCUGCUGUCGCCGCGGAAUCCGCCAAUAUGGACAAACAGGUCGAUCUGUCUACGAUCCCCAUCUCCCCGAACGGAAAGGAAGAGUCCGAUGCCGUUGACUCGGGCAAGCCCGUCACCGUAUUCCACGACAAGGACAACUUCAACGUCAAGCACCAGCUUCAGAACAAAUGGACACUGUGGUUCACGAAGCCCCCGAGCGGCAAGGGUGACAACUGGAACGACCUGCUCAAGGAGGUAAUUACCUUUGACUCUGUCGAGGAGUUUUGGGGUGUCUACAACAACGUCGCUGCCGUUUCGGAGCUCGCCCUCAAGUCCGACUACCAUCUUUUCAAGGCCGGCGUGCGACCCGAGUGGGAAGACCCCCAGAACAAGCACGGUGGCAAGUGGUCCUACCAGUACAAGGACAAGCGCAACGUCGAAGUCGACCGCCUCUGGCUGAAUGUAGUCAUGACCGCCAUCGGCGAGACCCUCGAGGAGGAAGAGGAUGGCGAGGUCAUGGGCGUCGUUGUCAACGUUCGCAAGGCCUUCUACCGUAUUGGUGUCUGGACUCGCACUAUUGGUAAGAGCAUUCCUGGCCGUGGAGACGGCGAUGUCGCCGGUGGAAAGGGCCGUUCGAACGAAAAGGGCCGCGACGUUCUCCUUAGUAUCGGUCGCCGCUUCAAGGAGGUUCUGGAGCUGCCCAACAGCGAGCAGGUUGAGUUUUCUGGACACACGGACAGCGCCCACGCCGGUAGCACGAGAGCCAAGGCCAAGCACACUGUCUAA